AUUUGUUUCUUCACUUUCCUUCUCUAGACAAACACCAAAGAAGUCGCAUCAUUUUGAGAAGCCAAAAUGAUGUCCAAACCAAAUUCUGUUGAUCUGGCCUUUGCCUAUCGGGGAUUUUGCUGUGAUAUCCGAACUGCAACCUUUAGCAUCGGUGUAUAUUACCUGGUGACGAGUCUGCUGGUAUGCAUCGACAUGAUCCUGGGCCUGGUUAAAGGGAAAGACAUGUGCGGCUUCAUUCACACCCAGCAGUAUACCAAUGGAGAACGCAUCUUUGAUACGACCACCAACUUCUUCCUAAUUGCGGUGAUGAUCAUCUCAAGCGUUUAUGUGCUCUUUGGAGUUCGAAAAUAUCGUCCACGCCUGCUCCUUCCCUUCAUCAUACUGCUGGUCCUGGACAUCAGUCUGUGUGUGAUGUCAUUGUUCAGCGGUCCUUGGGGACUCCCAGGGACCCUCACCUACGAGGAGGCACUCAUGAUGUGGGACUCUGUUGGUGUGAAACAUGAGCUGUCCAACAAGGAAAUUGCACGCCUGACGUUGAUCUUCGGUAUCACCUUUGUCAUGUAUCUCCUUAUCAAGGUGUACAUGGUGAAUUGCGUGAUCAAGUGCUAUAGUUUCAUCAAGGCGCACAACACCCGUGCCAAGGACACUCAGACAACUGAUGAGAAGAGCGCUGUGGUUGUGCUGCCUUCUUAUGACGAGGCCCUAAAGCUCCCCUUCAAGGAACUGCCUCCUACUUACCAGGAGCCAAGUGGCCCUCAGGAGUAAUAGAAGCUUAAUGGGGAUGCCAUGCUACCAUUCCUUGUUGCUUGCAAGUCUCUACACUAUAAUCAACCCUGCUCAGCCUGAGAAUUCCAGCACAGCUCCAUGCGGCUGUCUGAGGUGACUCGUUAGCUAAGGAUACAAGUCUGGAUGCUAGAUUUGCCAUGCAAUCAUAUUAUACACAUGAAUGGCAUCACUGAGUAACUUGAUCUGCUCUGUCUGAUUUUUUUUUUGUCUUUCUCAUAAUGUUCUGAGCCUCUGUAGAAAUGAUGCAGGGAGGUUGUGAAGAGUGAUGUAGCUGUAAAAUGUUUUAAAUUAGUAUUCCUGCUGACAGUGAGCCGCUGUUCUGAGAAAUUCUUUAUGAAACAAAAGUAAAAUUGCAACCUUUCCAAUUAAUUUUGUUUUAGCAUCUGGCAGGAUUUUAAUUUCCUAACCCUAAUCUUACAUUUCAUUUUUUGUGGGAUUCUAAUGAUAGACAGUCUUCAUGCUUUUAGUUUGUUAAUUAAGAUAAUAUUAAUAAGAUAAUGAAAUUAAGAUAAUAUUUGUUCUUUGUCAACAAAGCUGUACUGAAGUCGGUAUAAGGCCACACAGUUUUAUAACAAAUGAUAGCCUCCUCAAGUCAUUUUAAAAACAUCUCAUAAUAGAUCAUUUUUAUCAGAAAUAUUUUUAACUUUUUGUAUCAAUUGUAAAUGCUUAGAAAAUAUUGCUAGGUGAUCAGCGUGCUACUGUUUCUGUUUUUGAAUAAUAAAGAUGGUUAAAACACCUCUA